GUAAGAAGUACCGAUCCUGCAUAGUAUUAACUUGGCUUGACUCCUCUCAUCAGAAGAAAGCGAAAAAAGCAAAAAUGCAAUCUAUGUCCCUGACGCUGAGCAAGAGGCUCUCCAAUUCAAAGCCUCUCUUCAGAAUCUCUUCCAACCUCGUCGCUCACGCAUCCUCCGCCACAACCUCUCCGCCGCCACCUUCGCCGCCAGUCCCCUCUCCAUCCGCCCUCAACAGCCUCCUCACCGCUCCGUGGUCCGCCACUCAGUCACGCGGAAUCACGCUCUCUGGAUCUGAUGUUCGAGUCGGGAAUCUCAUUGGAAACCGAGGACGCGCUCACGAGGUUCUCAAACUGUAUCGCCCUCUUGAAGGAACGGGCAAAGCCACUCUUGAGGUUCCGCCUCAAAGUGUAGCUGGUUAUGCCACAGUUGCUACUACAGAGGAUGGCGCUGAAAGGAAGGAACGAAACAGUGGAUUGAGUAAGGCAACGAAGACAAAGAGAGAGCAGCUCCUAAAAGCUACUGCAGUUGCCUCUCUUCUUCUAAUAUACCCGAACACUUAUUCAUUGCUCUUCGCAAAUUUCUUUGUGUUCUGGCACUUAUAUGCAGGGAUCGGAGAGAUUUUGGCUGACUAUGUUCACCAUGAAAUGACCAGAGAAUUUGUCAUGAUUUCUCUCAGGUUGUUCUUGAUAAUCGCAUUGAAGGAUGUAUGCUUAAAUUUUGUAUUUGUAUAAUCAGAUAGUGCAUGGGUUGUGCUGACAUUACUUUCCAAUAAGAGGCCAUUGAGGGUCAAACUUGGCAAAACCUUAAUUUGUAGUUUGUAGUCGUUUUCUCAAACUUAAGAGGCGAGGCAACGUGAUAACUUGAUGAUUUAUCAUGGUAAUGGAUGAAUUUUAGCGUGUCUUGCAUAUA